AGCCCUCACCUGCAAAAGUAACUGAUGUCAGCGCGUGUUUGUAUCAGUGUGUGCGUGCGUGCCAUGGCAACACUUCGGAUAUGCUGACUCUAGUUUCUUGGGAGCGACGAGUUUCGUAUAAUCUGCUCGUGCAACAUCACACGCACUCGAGCCCAGAGCGCAGAUGACCUGCAGGUAUCUUUGGACGUAGAUGAUCUCUGGAGUCACCUGUGUCAGAGCAGAUCUGCGACCUGAGAGAGGGGCAUCACUCUGUGCACGCUGCUGCGCUCCGUCAAACAGGUGCUGCUGUGCGCAAAGGUGCUUCCCAAUCGACUUUCUCACCUGUCUGUAGAAGACUUUUUUUGUGACAUUUACUGUACGUCUACCUUCAAGUUUGAACGCAUCAACUUCAACGACAGAAAUGGAUCACAGCCCCGGCGGAGGUUCAGGGGUGAUCCUGUAUGCGGGCUCCUCUGGCAGUGCCAGUCCCAGCCCUGGCAGCCCAUCCAGUGGUUAUCAGACCCAGUCCCCAUCUUCCCACUCCCAGCCCUCAUCACCAGAAGAAUUUACCUUCACAGAGAUUGGCGCAGUGAAACAGAGGUCGGCAGGAGGCACCACCUCAUCAUCCAAACUGGUGUUUCAGUUCCCAGAGGUCUACAGCGGCCCACCAGCAUCAGCCACUCCCCAGCACAGCUACACACACCCCAUCGCAGGAAAGAGGCCAAGUGGGUUUCCUGGAACUUUCACCAAAACAGGUGGAAUGGUCCUUCUGUGCAAAGUCUGUGGUGACAUUGCAUCUGGUUUCCACUAUGGAGUGCAUGCAUGUGAAGGCUGCAAGGGAUUUUUCCGUCGCAGCAUCCAGCAGAACAUCAACUACAAGAUGUGCGUGAAGAAUGAGAACUGCUUGAUUAUGCGCAUGAACCGCAACCGAUGCCAGCACUGCCGCUUCAAGAAAUGCCUCUCUGUUGGCAUGUCGAGAGAUGCUGUGCGUUUUGGUCGCAUCCCAAAGAGAGAGAAGCAGCGACUUCUGGAUGAGAUGCAGAGCUACAUGAACAGCCUAAAUGAGUCGGCCACCGUGGACAUGGAUUCGGUGAAAGACAGUAACUCUAGCCCAGAAGGUGGUAAAUCAAAAGAAGCCGUUGGGACCAUCUCCAGAGCAUACCACGAUAUAUUCACCAGCAACAGCAACAGCCAGGAGAGAUCAGCCAAGAAGACUAAUAUCAACAAUAAUAUGUCUUCUUUUCCUCAGGAUGUCAAUUAUCCCAAAGCCUCCUCUCAAACCAUUUCAACCCAAAAUUAUCCAUCUUGCUCUGUUGCCUCUCCUGUUCUGUGCCCAGUUGCUCAAAAUGACAACCAACCAACAUUCCAUAAUGUUGACAACAGCCAUUAUGGAUAUUUCUUAUCAUCAAAUCAAAAUCACAUCCAGACUAAUGGUGCAGCACCUCAAAUGGGCAUUUCUACAAAUGAUAACAUUUAUCACAGUGUGGGAACUGCUCCAAAUCAGCCGUCCUGUCCAUGGAAACUAGCUCCUGGCGCUAAAGUGUUGGCCUGUCCUCUCAAUGCAUACCCUGUAUCAGGGGCAGAGCGCACAAGUCAGAAAAUAUGGGAAGCCUUCUCUCAGUGUUUCACUCCUGCGGUCAAGGAAGUUGUAGAAUUUGCCAAAGGAAUCCCAGGAUUUCAAGACCUUAGCCAACAAGACCAGGUGAUGCUGCUCAAAUCAGGCACUUUCCAGGUUCUGAUGGUGAGGUUCUGCAGCUUGUUUAAUGCUGAAGAGCGUACUGUGACCUUCCUGAAUGGUCAGAGUUAUCCCUUAGCCACUCUGCGAGCCAUGGGCAUGGGUUCCCUGCUGGAUGCCAUGUUCGACUUCAGUGAGAAGUUGGGCUCCUUGGGCCUAGAGCCUGAUGAAAUGGCUCUUUUCAUGGCUGUGGUACUGGUCUCUGCAGACCACUGUGGCAUUGCUGACAUGCAGGCUGUAGAGCAACUCCAGGAGAGUCUGAUCCGUGCCCUGCGGUCACUGAUCACCCGCCGUUGCCCAGACGACACUGCGCUCUUCCCUAAACUCCUCCUGUGUCUGCCAGACCUCCGUACUCUCAAUAAUUUGCAUUCCGACAAACUGUUGGCCUUCCACAUUGACCCCUGAACAAGCCACUUAAUUAUUGAACACGACUGCACACUCAAGCACAAAGCAUUCCUCAAGUGCACACAUGCACACAAACACACACACACACACAUAUGCCCAGAAAUUAUCUUCCAAUGGCAGGAUUUCCUUUAACUUGGUGAACAAGGAAUAGUGGAAUCCAGAGACUGUUUUCUAAAAGGAUUCGAAAAGAGGAGAAAACAUAUUUGUCUUCAAGCAGUGCUUUGGGACAAACAAGCAUGUAGAUAGGUGGACAUUUGUAUGUAUAAACGUCAGCAUCUAUUAGCAACAUUUUCCCAGUAGAAAAUAAAAUCAUCAAAA